AUGGCGGGUGCAGUGCUCUCUACUGCCGCGGCGCCCCUGUCGGUCGAGGCGGAGCUGCAGGACAUGAUCAACGAGGUGGACGCCGAUGGCAACGGCACCAUUGACUUCCCCGAGUUUUGCACGCUCAUGGCGCGCAAGAUGAAGGACACCGACUCGGAGGAGGAGCUCAAGGAGGCGUUCCGCGUGUUCGAUAAGGACGGCAACGGCUUCAUCUCCGCUGCCGAGCUGCGCCACAUCAUGACCAACCUCGGCGAGAAGCUGACUGACGAGGAGGUGGACGAGAUGCUGCGCGAGGCGCGACAUUGA